AUCAAGGCUCCAUGGGUUCUCAGCCAGAGCAGCCACAUGCACUGUGCAUACCAGCCCCAGCCCAAGGCCAUAUCAACCCAAUGCUUAAACUUGCCAAAAUCCUCCAUUCCAAAGGUUUCAUGAUCACCUUCGUCAACACCGAGUUCAACCACCAACGACUCCUCCGAUCCCGAGGCCCUGACGCCCUCUGUGGCCUCCCGUCCUUCCGUUUUGAGACCAUUCCCGAUGGCCUUUCGUUGCCACAAAACCUUGAUGCCACCCAAGAGGUUUCGUCUCUAACCAAAUCUAUCGAUGAAACCUGUUUGGGUCCGUUUAAGAGUCUGAUCAACAAACUGAAUAAGUCUUGUUCGCCCGUGACUUGCAUAGUGGCCGACCUGGUUAUGGUAUUCACCCUCGAUGCCGCAAGGGAAUUGAACAUCCCGGCGAUACUGUUUUGGACAAGCGGAGCGGGUUCUCUAGUAUGUUACGAUGAGUACCCGAAUCUUUUGGAGACGGGUUUGAUGCCUCUCAAAGAUUCGAGUUUUUUAACGAACGGUUAUUUGGAUACGAUCAUCGACUGUAUCCCUUCGAUGUCCGGAAUGCGUCUAAAAGACAUUCCCCCUUUCAUUCGAAUUCUCUAUCCUGGCGACGAGUACUUGGUACAAUUUUUGUGUUCCGUAACAAAGCGAGCAAAAUCAGCAGCCGCAAUCGUUUUCAACACUUUCCAUGAACUCGAACACGAUAUCUUAGGCACACUCACUUCGAAAUUCCCUCCUUGCUACGGAAUCGGCCCUUUGAAUUUACUCGAAAAAAAAUUCCCAAACGAAUCUCUAGCGUCCAUCAAAUCAAACCUUUGGAAAGAAGAGCUCGAAUGCGUAAAAUGGCUAGACUCAAAAUCACCAUCGUCAGUUAUUUACGUGAACUUUGGCAGCAUUACCGUGAUAACACCUCAACAAAUGGUCGAGUUUUGUUGGGGACUCGCAAAGAGCAACUAUCCGUUUUUGUGGAUAAUACGACCAGACCUCGUGAUCGGCGACAAAGCUGUACUUCCACCCGAUUUUUUGGUCGACACAAAAGAUAGAGGGUUCUUAGCCAAUUGGUGCCCCCAAGAACAAGUUCUAAAACACCCGUCGAUAGGAGGGUUUUUAACGCAUAGUGGAUGGAAUUCGGCGAUAGAAAGCAUUUCUAAUGGAGUCCCGAUGCUUUGUUGGCCGUUUUUCGCGGACCAACAACCGAACAGUUGGUUGAGUUGCAGCAAGUGGGGGGUUGCGAUGGAGAUCGACAGCGAUGUAAAGAGCGAUGAAAUUAGAAAGCUAGUAAUCGAGUUGAUGAACGGCAAAAGGGGGAAUACGAUUAGGACGAAUGCCGUUGACUGGAAGAACAAGUCGGAGGAAGCAUGUGCCUUCCCUUCUGGUUCAUCAAUGGUGAACUUGGAGAAGAUCAUUCAGCUACUGCAAACGUCUUUACCAUGAUACACAAUGUCUGUUUGAGAUGCUUGUCUGUUUGUUUUUCUACUUAAUCAAGUUCUUUCACUCAAAAAUACUAAAAAUGGGGUCUUCCGACGGCCAAAUCCGUCGGAAACCAAGUUUCCGACGGAUUGGGUGGCCGAAAAACCCCAUGCUAAAUGCAAUUUCCAACGGAUUUGUAUUUUCUGACGGAUUUGUAUUAUCCAGACAAAAUACUAUAUAAAAC